AUGAGGGAGAACUACCUGUACCAGGAGCGGGCAGAGUGCUACGCGCGCAACGGGACGCAGCGCUACGUGUACAGACAGAUCUACAACCGCGAGGAGUUCGUGCGCUUCGACAGCGACGUGGGCCUGUUCCAGCCGGUGACGCAGCUGGGGCGGCCGGACGCCGAGUACUGGAACGGGCAGAAGGACGUCCUGGAGCAGAAACGGGCCGAGGUGGACACGGUGUGCAGACACAACUACGAGGGGGAGAAGCCCAUCGUGGAACAGCGCAGAGAGAACUACGUGCUCCAGAGGCGGGCGGAGUGCUACGCGCGCAACGGGACGCAGCGCUACGUGUACAGACAGAUCUACAACCGCCAGGAGCACGUGCGCUUCGACAGCGACGUGGGCCUGUUCCAGCCGGUGACGGAGCUGGGGCGGCCGGACGCCGAGUACUGGAACGGGCAGAAGGACGUCCUGGAGCAGAAACGGGCCGAGGUGGACACGGUGUGCAGACACAACUACGAGGCGGAGAAGCCCAUCGUGGAACAGCGCAGAG